AUGCCAUCCCUGACGGGCGAGAGCGGCGAUGUGGCCUCCGAACAUAGUAAUCUGCAACCGAUUGUGGGCACUGGCCUCAGGGUCCCGUCCCUUCAAAAGAUUCUGCCAUCGCAUGGAAGAGCACCUCCUUCUGUGAUAGAAAGCAACAUUCCCAAGCAGCAUAAGGCGCCAGUGCCCAAGGCCAUGGCUCGGCCGCCAGCUCACCAGUCGGCCUCUGCACCGCUGCUCAUCAGUCAGGCUCCUGUCAAAUCAGAUUCUCGCGCGCAGGAUGAGAAAGAUCAAGCGGUUCUUACAAGACAUGGAGAGGAGGACAUUCACAGUAGUCUUUUCGCCCAGGUGUAUGACUGGCUUCAAUUUGAAAAAUCGAGGCGUAAUGCUCACAAAAUGAAGGUAGCCACCCCUUCGACUGACGGCGCUGAAGAUGGAGACGGAUUUCAUUCCCUUGAACGGACUACCUCGCAAAGCUCCGAAACUUCAGCUGCACUGGGCAAGCUGGAGAACAUCCUCCUUCAGUAUGCGGAGAAACGGCAGGAACGGCAUGUCGCCCGUCGUCGCCAUUACAUCAAGGGGCUGCGACGUGGAUCCGUCUCCGAAUCCGACCAUCCGGAUGUUGACGCCGAGCCACCCGCCGUUGAUGCGUUCCUGGACAAUACAAAGACGCUUGGCUACACCGGUGGUGCUGCGGACGGCAAGGAGGACGAGAGCAGCGCCGGCUCCGGGCAAGCGAAGGACAAAGAACACUGGCUUAAAUUCAAAACCGACAUUCUUCGCAUUGUUCUGACCCUGCGGAUCAAGGGCUGGCGGAGGGUGUCCAUGGAAGAUGCCGGGGAUCUUGACGUUGUCCGGCUUAGCGGUGCGCUUACCAACGCUGUAUAUGUUGUCGCGCCUCCCCCGAGUCCAUCUGUCCCGAAGACUGAAAACAGUUCGCCAACAUUGGUUCCCAGAAAGCCACCUCCAAAACUUCUGCUGCGUAUCUAUGGCCCGCAAGUGGAACAUUUGAUCGAUAGGGAGAAGGAGCUCCAAGUGCUUCGUCGCUUGGGCCGGAAGAACAUCGGGCCCCGAGUACUUGGAACGUUCAAAAACGGUCGCUUUGAGCAGUACUUCCACGCUCGUCCUUUAAAACCAGAAGAUCUGCGGGUUCCCGAGACCUACAAGCAGAUUGCAAAACGCAUGCGCGAAUUGCACGAAGGUGUAGAGCUCCAAGAACAAGAGCGAGAAGACGGCCCCAUUGUCUUCAAGAACUGGGACAAAUGGGUCGACCGAUGUGACCAAGUGGUCAAUUGGCUUGACCAGGAAAUCCAAUCGAACCAAAACGAGUCAAAAGCACAAACCGAGCCUUGGCGCCGACGGGGGUUUGUCUGUGGAGUCCCGUGGCCUGUGUUCAGAAAGGCCGUUGAAAAUUACAGAAAAUGGCUUAUUGCCAGCUGUGGAGGAGCAGAUGAGAUUAAGCGCCAGCUUGUGUUCGCGCACAAUGAUACACAAUACGGCAACCUCCUUCGGCUGGAACCGACAGUGGAUUCGCCUUUACUCACCCCUGCAAAUGAACAUAAACAACUGAUAGUUAUCGAUUUCGAAUACGCGUCGGCCAAUACUCCUGGAUUUGAAUUUGCCAAUCACUUUACUGAAUGGGGCUACAACUAUCAUGACCCAGAAAGGCCCUGGGCUUUCAAUGGCAAACGCUACCCCAAACCAGAAGAGCAGCAUCGUUUUAUCACCGAAUAUCUCAAGCACAAACCCGGAGUGAGCGCCGCCUCCCCAUUCACUACGCCACAUAUGCAGGCUGCAUCUGGCAUCACACCACGUCUUGCUCCGUUGGACUUGGAUGCAGAAAUGAUCACCAAUACCGAUCAACGUCCACCAGUGUCCAACGAGUCUGAUAAUGUCCGCGAAGACGGCCUGGAGGCGGACAUUCAGUUUUUCAUGCGGCAGACCAGGCUUUGGAGGGUCUUCAAUUCCGCCCAGUGGGUUGCAUGGGGUAUCGUACAGGCGAAAGUCGCCGGAAUGGAGCAGGGUAUAGAAGGAAUGACGAAAGAGGCGGAGGCAGAGACAGAUGGGGGAAAGGAGUCACCCAAACCGACAGCUGACGCCGUGUCUUCCCCGGUUGACUCCAGUUCCGGUGUCGAUGGCGAGGACGAAUUCGAUUACCUUGCGUAUGCGCAGGACAGGGCUAUAUUCUUCUGGGCUGAUGUGCUCACCCUUGGCCUGGUCAAGGAAGAUGAGCUGCCCUCUGAGUUGGUUGAAUGUGCCAAGGCUCGCGCUUUCGCUUACUGA